AUGCCUUUCAAACCAUUUCGGCCUCCGCUUAUACGAAAGAAUAUAACUCCCGAUUUCUCCAAAGAUUCAAGGAACGAUGACUUCGACGUUCAUCCCCCAGCCAAACGACCGCGUCUCGAGGGCGGCAGAAGUGACGAGGCGGAAGAAAAGAAAAGGACACAACCAGAGAUCUCUGAAUCUAUACGAUCCAACGAUGGAGCUGCAGUGAAGAAGUCGACAGCACGCCCUCCAUUAGUCCGCGUUUUGAAUACACCGAAUGAAAUUGAGACAUGUGUGGUGAAUAACGGAGAUACCAGCACCGACGUAGAAGCAUAUUAUAAUGUUCUUUGGCGUAAAUUCACAACCAAAAAGCACAAAACUUGGGACGGAGACGGAAUUCUAGUGAUCCGAGGAGGAUAUGGUUAUCUACGCGAUGUGACCGGCCGGGACAUGGGCCGCAUUGUGAUCAAUAAACUUCUCGAUUGCGGUGCUAGUUUAACAAUAGGAGGGAAGGACGUCGAAAUUGAGUCCGCCAUUUCGAAAAAAGACUAUCUGUCAGGGAAAGAAUUUUUGGGUGGUGCACGAAAGCCAUCGUCUCCACCUCCCUCUCGGGUCAAAGCAACGGUUUCUACAAGCGUUGCCAAACGCCAAAAGCCUGGUCAAAAUUCUAUCACCGCGCCCGCAUCAGGCGCCUUGCCAGUGAAGACGACUACCGAAACGGGUCAGGUGGAACAGCCAAAAUUGUCAGUGAAACACCUUAAUUCUGCAGUUGCGCAAAGUAGUGCUGUGGGCACCGCUUUCAAGAAUCCAAUGAAGGAAAGAUCAUCUUCAACUCCUCAGCCUGUCAGUAAUCCCAUUCCUCGUCACGACCCCAAUGCUGCAGGAGCUUUGGUUAUGAAACGGCCCAAGUCUGUCCCGAAAGGACAGUCAAUUGUUGAUGUCGUUGUUGAUCCCUUUCUGACUAAACACCUUCGCGAACAUCAACGAGAGGGCGUGAAGUUUCUGUACGAAUGUGUCAUGGGCCUCAGAGACUUCAAUGGCGAAGGAGCUAUUCUGGCUGAUGAAAUGGGACUUGGUAAAACCCUACAAACAAUAACACUGCUAUGGACUCUGCUUAAGCAAAAUCCAAUAUACGGAGCGUCUCCUGUGGUGAAGAAAGCUCUAAUAGUUUGCCCAGUUACCCUCAUCAAUAACUGGAGGAAAGAGUUCCGCAAAUGGCUUGGCAAUGAACGGAUUGGCGUUUUCGUUUUCGAUGAUAAGCGCAAGCGAUUGACUGAUUUCACAAUGGGGAAGGCCUAUAAUAUUAUGAUCGUCGGCUAUGAGAAGCUUCGCACUGUUCAAGAAGGGUUGGCCAAGGGACAUGGUAUUGACAUCGUCAUUGCAGAUGAAGGACAUAGACUUAAAACGGUGCAGAACAAAAGUGGUCAAGCUAUUCAAUCCUUGAACACAACAAAGAGGAUUAUUCUUUCAGGAACACCCAUACAAAACGACCUCAGCGAGUUCUUUGCAGCAGUUGAUCUGAUCAACCCUGGAAUCCUCGGUACUUACAAAAAUUUCAUGAAAGAGUUCGAAGGACCUAUUGUGCGCAGUCAGCAGCCCGAAGCAACAAUGAUAGAUAUUGAGAAAGGUGAAGCAAGAGGGGAAGAACUUCGAGACCUUACCUCCAUGUUCAUUCUACGCAGAACAGCCGAUAUUCUCUCGAAAUAUCUCCCUCCAAAAACAGAAUAUGUGAUACUAUGUCAGCCUACCUCCGUCCAAGCUAGUAUCUAUCGCCAUGUCCUUGCAUCUCCAAUAUUCCAGACUGCAUUAGGCAAUACGGAAGGAGCGUUUAGUCUUCUCACUAUCUUAAAGAAGCUUUGCAAUAGCCCGUCAUUGCUCAAUGCAAAAGCGGGUGAUGAACCUCAGAAUUCUACGAUGGCAGCAGUCCUAUCGACUCUCCCAACAAACCUCGCUCGACAAUUCUCCCCUUCAUCGAGCGGAAAGAUAAGGGUCCUGGACCAACUUCUCCACAAUCUACGAACAACCACAUCCGAGAAAAUAGUCCUUGUAUCGAACUACACAUCGACACUCAACCUACUCGGCAUACUACUUUCAUCUCUUUCCUUGCCCUUUCUCCGUUUAGAUGGCUCCACGCAACCCGCAAAAAGACAGUCUCUUGUUGAUGAGUUCAACCGUGCCCCGGCGAGCACUUGUUUCGCAUUUCUCCUCUCUGCCAAAGCCGGCGGCACAGGCCUCAAUCUCACCGGCGCCAGUCGUUUAGUUCUUUUCGACGUAGACUGGAACCCAGCCACUGAUCUCCAAGCCAUGGCACGUAUCCACCGGGAUGGGCAGAAACGCCACUGCUACAUCUACCGCAUCAUGCUAAAGGGCGCGUUGGAAGAGAAAAUAUGGCAACGCCAGGUGACAAAGAUCGGCUUGGCAGACAGCGUCAUGGAGUCAAAGUCCAGUAACAUGGCCCAAUUCUCGCGCGAGGAACUCAAAGAUCUCUUUCGACUAAAUGAGAGUAGGAGCUGCCAGACUCAUGAGUUGCUGAAUUGUAAAUGCGGCGGAAAAGGCACGUCACCACUACCACCACCACCACCUCCUCCUCCUCCUCCCUCUCCUCCUGCCACGGUCGCUCCGAUUGUGAUAUCAACAGACGAGGAGGACAAUGAUUAUGAGGACGAGCAGACGAAUGGUUCCAACGGAAAUGCAAAAAAGACCGAUUCAUCAGACGCAGAGUCCAUAGAUUUCCCCGAUGUCCCGACUCUCAUGAAAGCAUCGCAACUCAACAUGGAAGAACAAGAAUCCCAAAUCCGUCGCGGUGACCACGCUCUCCAAAGAUUGAGAAAACGACUUGGCCUAAAAACCGACAAAUUUUCAUCCUCAUCACCAAAGGGGAGAACAAGCGGCAAUGAAAGAGCAAUGCAAGACGACUAUGACGAAAACCAGCCCGCAGACAUCAGCGAACAUUCCAAGAUCCAACGAUUCCUCGCUCAAUACUCGCACAUUGAUCCCGCUGCGUUCAGCAGUUCUGUCUCCCCAGAAGAAGGACAAGAACUAGAUGAUAAUAUAUGCAGUCAUAUUAGAGACCCGAUUCUACAGGCUCUACUUGCUGAUGAAGAUCAUGGGGUAGGGUUUCUGUUUGAGAAGACGGCUUUCCCGCCAUAA